AUGGACGACAGGACAGCUUCAUCAGUCAACGGGAUUUCGACGGGUCCUGUCGCUUCCACCUCGACCGCUGGGCUCCAGCAGAGCACGGAGCAGCUCUUAGAGACCAGUUCUCGACGGCAGAAGCACAUGUGUGUGAUUGCCAUUAAGGGACAACCUUGCCGCGCCUGCGCCGCUCGCUCUCGCCCCUGCACCUUCCUCGACCCGCCGACAGCUCGAGUGCGCAAGCCGAAGACCGACGGCGACGCGACUGGGACGGGCACCUCGAGUCCUCGAUUGCCUGAAGGGACGUUGCCGACUCAGGCGGACUUCGCUCAACCCGCAUCUCGACCCAGCUCCUCCACCGCCGUGCUCUCGCAAAUUCGUGCGGCUCUCCUACCUCCCCCUCUACCGCCGGGCUCGACCAGCGACGAGCUCCUCUCUUCAACCAACGGCGCUGCCGAGCUCAACUAUGUCAACAGCCAUGCUUUUUCGUCGCAAUCGUUCUCGAAGGAGCAAUUUCAUUCGUCGGGCUGGCCUGGCGACGUCGCGUUCCGACAAGUCUCGUCGGAUGAUGCCUUUCCAGUACACUUCGUGCAGGUACCGACGCUCAUGUACGGUACUGCGGCGCCGGAGAGCUCGCGGGUUUGGCAAGGCGCGUGUGCAGCUCUAGCGCCAGAUGCUCCACCUCGACUGAUCGAGAUCUACCUGAAGCGGUCUCAACCGGCGAACCCUAUCCUCGACGAGACCAAGUUCACGACUUCGGAUCCAGCGAGUCUCGCCGAAGCAGGCGUUUCUUACGGCUUACUUACAAGUCUGCUAGCGCACUCGACCUGUUACGUGCACGAGAUUCGGCCGGUUCACAAGUAUCUCUGGCGGCAAGUCCUGCUUUGCCUCGAAGACGAGUACCGCCGCCCGUCGCUCUACACUAUGCAGCUUGCCCUCGUGACGAUAACCGCACGGCCAGCGAUCAACGUCGCGCAGACGCACAUCAGUCUCGGUCGUCUUGUUGCCGCCGCUCAUCUGCUCGGCCUUCAUCUCGACCCCUCGAAGUGGCGCCUGCCCUACUCGGAGCGGGUCCUGCGGAAGCGAUUGUGGUGGUCAAUCCUGCAGCAGGACAAGUGGCGAGCGUUGUGGUAUGGCCGCCCCUCAAUGCGCGUUCUCGCCUCUCCUCUCCGCUGGUCAGUUCCGCUCACAUUUCCUACUGCUCGCAGUACUGCAAGGGAAGACUGGAACGUCCCGCUCCCAACUGUCGAAGAACUGCCGCCAGGCUCAAGUCGAGUACAGCAGCUCUCGAUGCAUUCGUUCGUUGCGAUGUGUCGCCUCACCGAGAUCGUCGACACAAUCUUGUCGUCCUUCCUCACCGUCCGCGCCCUCUCCUCGUCUCGCUCCUCUACCGAGACUCUCAAGCUCCUCGAGAAGAUCAGCCUCGAGCUCGUCGCGCUCGAGAACGACCUGCCGACCGAGCUACACCGCCUACCGACAGCGGAGGACAGACCGGAAGUGACAGUAGCGACCGGCAUCAGAUCUUUCCAGCUCUGCAAGCUCGGCAUCGACCUCACAUUAUACCAGUUGAGCUCGACGAGCGUCCAGCCGACGACAACGGCCGACUCGCUCGCGUCCUGCCGGACAGCCCUCACACUCGCUCAGACGCUCGUCGAGUUCCUCGAGAACCUGGCGUCCGGAGAUCUCGAGAUGUGGUGGGCGCCUUACUGCUCCUUCAUCAUUGCGACCGCCGCGUCUGUCCUCCUCCGCACCGCCCUCUCCGCCAAAGACCUCGACGCGACCACUCGCACCGCAGCCGGCGUCUUCUUCGCCCGGCUCGUCGUCACACUCACCUCGAGCCACCACGCAAGCCACUGGGACGUCGCCUCGCUCGCGCUCGACAAGAUCGCCACGCUCCUCCGCUCGCUCAACGGCGCAUUGCCCGAGCUCGUACCGCUACUGCAGCUCUUCGGUCCGCCUAAUCACGCCAACGCAGGUCCGCCGGCGCCUCCGCAACCUCCUCCGCCUCCGCCAGUGCCUAUCUCGCCGAGCCUCACGCAGCUCUCGCCCGCAUUACCGCACCCUUUCCUCCCCUCCCUAAACCAGCACGCGCCGACUCCGCAGACCUCGGCGCUAACAGACCAGCUUACCUCGCCUAUGAGCGACGUCGACCCACUCUGGUGGAUGCAUACGAGCGUUCUCUCGCUCCCUCAGCACCUCGGAGCCCUUCCAGAUCUCUUCGAAGGCUGGCCUUCGAUUGACGGGUUCGGGCAAGAUGCGUUCGUUGGCGGAGGCGAGGCUGCCGAUGGCGCGGUGGAAGGCGACGGGGCAAUGUUUGACUUACGGAGCUUCCUAGAAGGGCCGUCGAGCGGGGAUUUGUAG